GUCAUGGCGCGGAACUCGCUCUCCUCGCGCUUCCGCCGCCUGGACAUCGACCAGUUCGACGAGAACCGCUUCGUGGAGGAGCCCGACGGCGCCGACACCGGCACUGGGGCUGGCGCCUCUGAGGCCGACGGAGGGCCCGGCCCGGAGGUGGAGGCGGCGCUGCGGCAUUGCUGCACAGGGGACAUGCUCCGAGCGUUCCACAUGGCUUUACGAAAUUCGCCCGUCAACACUAAGAACCCAGCAGCGAAGGAGCGGGCCCAGGAAGUGGUGAUGAAGGUCCUCACCUCUUUUAAAGGCAGUGAGAUAGAACAGGCGGUAAACUCCUUAGACAAAAAUGGCAUUGAUUUGUUAAUGAAGUACAUUUAUAAAGGAUUUGAAAAGCCAACAGAAAAUAGCAGUGCAAUACUACUCCAGUGGCAUGAAAAGGCAUUAGCAGUAGGUGGACUAGGAUCCAUAGUAAGAGUUCUUACUGCACGAAAAACUGUUUAACAAAUUCUGCUCACUUGAAUCGAGAUACCGAGAACUCUUGGAGCCAGGAGGCGGCACUGCCUAUGCUGAUACUUUGGUCUAUCCUUCUAGGAUCCACAAUCUACUGAAAUACUUUGGGAGUCUCCUUCCUCUCUCGGAACAAGUACUUUUAACCGUAGAAGUGGUGGGGGAAGUCCAGUGUAUUAAUGUUUUCUGAUUAUCAGAUUCAGGAGCUGGGAGGGGACUACUUGCAAUUUGUGCUGCAAACAGAAAUGGGGGUGGUAUUUACAUGUGCGCCUGUCUGCAAUAUGGUGGCUGCUCUGGCCAAGUGUGUGUGUGUGCGUGCUUGGGUGAAUAAGUGAGACUUAAUUUAAACUUAACAAAUGUGUGUGGUGGGGGCAGGG